AUGGCCGCAACUUCCCCAUAUCUUGUAGCGGGUAGCUUUACCAAAGUCGCCCCUCACCAUACAUCGGUGGAGGCCCUAUGGGACAUUAAAUGGAGGAAACCGUGUUCGAUGGGCAUCUACCCAUUUGUCGAUGGGCACGUGGAGGAUUUUGAUAGACGACGGCUUACUGAACCGUAUGACCCCGAUACCUUUGCGGCGGCAUUCUUCCCUAUUGCAAAAGAACUAGAGGAGAAAGCUGCGCAAGCCGAAACUACAGGAGAUGUAAAGAUCGCGUCACAAUUAUAUCUCCGAGUCGCUGCGUUAUACCGUAUCGCCCGCUUCCCAAUUGCGCGCUCAUCGAAGACAUCUGAAGCGUGGACGCUGGGAAAGGCAGCCUACAUGAAAGCAAGCCUAUAUCUAGACCCGAUCAACACUGAGCUUACCAUUCCCCACAAUCAUUCUGAUGCCUCUGCCGGCGACGGAAAUAUCAUCCACGCCUAUCUUCGACUUCCGCCACAUGCCUCUGCCAUAGAAAAAGUGCCUGUGGUUAUAUUCAUCUGUGGUCUAGAUGCGUAUCGCACAGACCAUACUAGCCGAACCUCUGAACAUAUUCGCCGUGGUUUUGCAUGUCUCAGUAUAGAGAUCCCCGGAACAGGCGACUGCCCGGCUGCAAAGGAUGACCCGACUAUGGUCAAGUAUUCUUGA